GGAAUGAGUCAACCCCCCACAUGGUGUUUGCUGUCAAAAGAUUGUAGACCCCAAUUUUUUGAUAAAAAUCUCCAAGAAAUUUUUAGUAUCCACUCAACACUCGAUCAAUCAAUUAUCUUUACCACUCAACCUUGUAAAAAAACCAAAAUAAAAAUAAAAGAAAGAUACAAACUUUUGUAAUUUAUAUCAAGUCCUUUUCACAUUGAGUCUCAGUCUUCUUUUCAUUCAAUUGGAAGAGGAAGGAAGACUUUAGUAGAGAAGUGGGUUUGUUUGUUUUGUUCCAUUCUCUGCCCUUCAUGGAGAGAAAAAAACAAGCUUGAGAUGAGAAAGUGCUAAAAACUGUGCUAGAAUUGAACUAUCUGAGCUGUUAUGUUAUGAUGGACUCGAAGUCACUCAGGUUCAUCACCUACCAAUCUUUUUUCUCGAUCGCCCGAUCCGGUGAACUUGAAGCCGUGAAAAGGAUUAUUGAUGAGUUGAAAAAAGAUGAGGUUCCUGAUGGCUCUUCUUUGGUCUCUGAUCUGAUGGUUAUGCAAAAUGAUGCAGGGGAGACUGCCCUCUAUGUGGCUGCUGAUAAUAAUUUUCAAGAGGUGUUUAGUUACUUGCUUAAGUUUUGUGAUGUUGAUAUUGUGAAGAUCAGGUCCAAGUCUGAUAUGGAUGCCUUUCAUGUUGCUGCUAAGAAAGGCCACUUGGGGAUUGUGAAGGAACUUUUGAGCAUUUGGCCUGUGCUUUGCAAGUCAUGCGACUCCACAAAUACUAGUCCCCUUUAUUCAGCAGCUGUGAAAGACAAUUUAGAUGUGGUGAAUGCCAUCUUGGAUGCUGAUGUCAGUUGCAUAAGAAUAGUUCGAAAAAAUGGAAAAACUGCAUUGCACACAGCUGCAAGGUAUGGCCUCAUUGAUAUGGUAAAAACUCUGAUAGAUCGUGAUCCUGGAAUUGUCAACAUCAAAGAUAAGAAAGGUCAAACUGCACUCCAUAUGGCUGUAAAGGGACAGUGCCCUUCAGUAGUAGAGGAUAUAUUACUUGCUGAUCAUUCUAUAAUGAAUGAACGUGACAAGAAGGGCAAUACAGCAGUUCAUAUAGCUACAAGGAAAUGUCGUCCACAGAUAAUAAACCUAUUGCUAAGCUAUACAUCCAUUGAUGUCAAUGCUAUUAAUAAUCAGCGAGAAGCUGCCAUGGAUUUGGCUGACAAACUCCAAUAUGGAGAAUCUUCGUUGGAAAUCAAGGAAGCUCUUGCGGAGGCUGGUGCCAAGCAUGCAAGGUUUGUUGGCCAAGUGGAUGAAGCAAUGGAACUUAAGAGGACUGUGAGUGAUAUUAAGCAUGAAGUAAGUGCCCAACUCAUACAAAAUGAAAAGACCAACAGACGAGUUACUGGUAUUGCCAAGGAACUAAAGAAGCUUCACCGAGAAGCUGUGCAGAACACCACCAAUUCUAUUACAGUUGUUGCAGUUCUUUUUGCCUCAAUAGCUUUCUUGGCAUUAUUCAAUCUACCAGGCCAAUAUAUAGAGGAUGGAUCGCAAGCGGGGAAGGCCACCAUUGGUGACAAAGUAGGCUUCCGUGUAUUCUGCCUCUUAAACGCCACAUCCCUCUUCAUAUCUCUAGCUGUUGUGGUGGUUCAGAUCACUUUGGUGGCCUGGGACACUAGGGCUCAGAAGCAGGUUGUUUCGGUAGUUAACAAGCUAAUGUGGGCUGCCUGUGCAUGUACUUGUGGAGCGUUUCUGUCAAUAGCUUUUGUUGUCGUGGGAAAGGGACAUUCCUGGAUGGCUAUCACCAUAACCCUGAUGGGAGCACCAAUUCUAGUUGGGACACUGGCAAGUAUGUGCUAUUUUGUUUUCCGACAACAUUUUGGGUUCUUCCGCAAUGAUUCUCAGAGACGCAUUAAAAGGGCAAGUGCAAGCAAGUCUUUCUCAUGGUCAGUGUACUCGGCAAAUAUAUCUGAUGUCGAUGAAUCUGACCUUGAGAAGAUUUAUGCUCUAUAGACAGUAUCCAGAAGGCAUGGACUUUGGUGGUCAAGUGUUUCUUUAUAUAAAGCUGGUUGGCUACAAGAAUUUCAAGCAUUACUCAUGAGGUUGUGAAAUUUAAAGUCGUUUUAAGAGGGAGAAUUAGAUGGUUUUCUUCAGGUUUAUUUAUAAUUGACAAGCAGAAGAUAAAAAUGUAGAUUUGUGUAUAGUAAUAGCCAAGUAAAUGGGUUACUUUUGUUUCCAAUAAACUGUUUGUUGAUUGUAAUAGUAAUUGCAUAUUUCAUCUUCA